AAAGACGAAAACCUUGCUGGUUGCAGUUCGGCUCGUAUUGAUGACGUCACGUGUUGUAUUUCGUGGGGAAUUGACGGAAUUCGUUUUAUUGCUACAAAGAAGAAGCCCAAUAUACUAUCGAAAUAGUCACGAUUCCUGUCAAUAAGGUGCCACUGCAUCAAAAACUGACGUCAAUGUGGAAAGGAUAUCACCACAUGGGAUCAGGACCACUUCAGAAAACCGAUAUCAGCAAAUACAGUUCAGCGCUGCAUACGAGAGGCUUCCGUGGGGCCACGCUGCCAUUAAGUCCUGACUGGUGGAGUUCUGCACCCAAGGAUGUGGCAGACAUUUGGAGCUUCAUGAUUCUUUCUCUGAUUUCGUCGCCAAUUUCUUUUGAUUUUUUUUUCUUAAUUUCAAACAAAAAGCAGUGUGUUUAAGGCAAUGACUGAGUGUUGAGCAUCAGUGAGAUGACUGACCAGGGCAACAACAACCACCACAACAUCUCCUGCAACCCCUUCGCUGCCCUCUUCAGCUCUUUGGCUGAUGCCAAGCAGUUUGCGUCAGGCCAGAAGUCUACACGGUUACCGACUGGACCCCCACAAGAUGACUCCGGAGAGAGCCAGUCAGAGUCUGAGAAUUCUGUGUCAGACAGCGUUGAUGACAAUGACGACUCUGUGGCAGAGAUAAGCCGAUCCUUCCGAUCCCGCCAGGAACUGUGCGAGCAGCUCAAUGUGAAUCACAUGAUCCAGCGUAUAUUUCUCCUCACCUUAGACAACAGUGAUCCCAGUCUUAGAGGGGACAAUGGUAUCCCACCUCGCUGUGUUUUCCUGGAGGAGAUGGCGGCUGAUUUGGAUGGACAGGAUUGGCUGGACAUGGACAACAUAGAACAGGCACUGUUUAAUCGUUUGCUGCUGCCUGAACCAGGAAACCACCUCAUCUAUAUGACGUCAUGCAAUGCUGUGAACCUGUCAGCAGACCGUGAUGCUGGAGAGAAAUGUGCCAUCCCAUACCUCUUUGCUUGUUAUCAGAGGGCAAAGGAAGAGGUGACUAAGGUGCCAGAGAAGUUACUGCCGUUCUCCAUUCGUUGUAAGAAUCUGACGGUGUCAAACACAAGCACAGUUCUGCUCACUCCGGAGAUCUACGUCAACCAAAGUGUGUAUGAGCAGCUACUGGACCUAUUGCUUGAUGCGUACAGUAGUGCACAGCCGGAUGAGGUGGUGGAGUUUGUUGAGGAGGUGAUUGCGGGCUUGCUCUCUGACCAAGAAGUGCGGACCUUCGAGGAGGUGAUCGUUCCAGUGCUUGAUAUUUUCCAGGGUAGAAUCAAAGACAUGGAUCUUUGUGAGCCCGUGUUUUACUUCUACCUUGAUGUGCUUCUUUAUUUCAGCUACAAUAAAGACAUCGCCAAGGUAUUGAUGGAACACAUUCAACCCAAAGAUCCGGCUAAUGGCUUGCUGUACCAAAAGAGCCUUUUAGGAACCGUGCUGAGUGUAUCUUGCUUACUGAAAACACCAGGAGUGGUGGAGGGACAUGGGUACUUCCUUAACCCCUCUAGAUCUAGUCCUCAGGAGACCAAGUUCCAGGAGGCCAACAUUCAUCAGUUUAUGGGCCAAUUUCAUGACAAGCUGCAUCAAAUGUUUAAAUACUUGCUCCAGCGGUCGAAUGAGACACGCCACCUGCUACUGUCAUGGUUGGGCAACUGCCUACAUGCAAACUCGGGCCGGGCCAAGAUUUGGGCCAAUCAAAUGCCAGAGAUCUUCUUUCAGAUGUACGCCUCAGAUGCAUUCUUCUUGAAUUUGGGUGCUGCACUUCUGAAGCUGUGCCAACCCUUUUGCCGGCCUCGGUCCCCCAAAUUGCUCACUUUUAACCCCACGUACUGUGCAGUGAAAGACUUGAGUGAAGACGAGAGGCGCAUUCGCAAUGUGCAUGCGAGAGGACUUGACAAGGAAACCUGUCUGACCCCCAUGCCCUCUCAGCACACACAAGAGCCCACAGUGGAGUCCUACAGCCUGCUGACGGAAAACCUCGUCCUCACACAGCUCACCCUGCAUCUCGGCUUCCACAGACUCCACGAGCGGCUGGUCAAGAUGAACCAGUCACUUCACCGGCUCCAGGUGACAUGCGAGGAGGCCCAUCGCACAGGAAACCCCAGGACGGAGCAGCUCUUGGAGCAGUUUGAGCGCUUGAUGAUUGUCUUCUUGUCUACCAAAGCUGCCACUACACAGCCUGCCAUGCUUCAAUGCUGCCUUAACCUCCAAGCGUCCACUGCUGCUCUGCUGGUUCAGCUCGCUCUGGGAAACCAGGGCUCCGAACAUGUAGAACUUAGUUUUCCUUUGCCCUCCCUGCCGAACACCAUGCUCUCUUUUGUACCAGAGUUUUUUGCAGAGAACGUGGGAGAUUUUUUCAUCUUUCUGCGUCCAUUUGCUGAUGAUGUUUUGGAAUCCUCUGCUGAAUGUCUGGAGCAGAUUCUGAAUUUUAUCACUGUCUUCAUGGGUAAUGUAGAGAGGAUGAAGAAUCCUCAUUUAAGAGCGGAGCUAGCAGAGGUCUUAGAGGCGGUGAUGCCCCACAUGUUGCCUCUGGCACCUGGCAGUCCUCAACCAAUUGUCUUCCAGCGACAGAGAGUCUUCUGCUCUUACAAAUAUGGACCUCAGUUGGCCGAAGCCCUCAUCACUGUGUUUGUAGACAUUGAAUUUACAGGCGAUCCUCAUCAGUUUGAACAGAAGUUUAAUUACAGACGACCCAUGUAUCCCAUCCUCAAGUUCAUGUGGGGUGAAAAUAACUAUAGAGAGAGUAUAAAGCAUUUGGCAGACUAUGCAUCCAAGAACCUGGAGGCCAUGAAUCCUCCUCUGUUCCUCAGGUUCCUCAACUUGCUGAUGAAUGAUGCCAUCUUCCUUUUAGACGAGGCUAUUCAGUACCUGAGCAAAAUUAAGAUUCUGCAGCUGGAACAGGAUCGAGGAGAGUGGGAUGACCUGACUCCCGAUGCCCAACGGGAAAGGGAGUCAAACCUGCAGAUGUUUGGACAGCUGGGCCGCUUCCACAAUAUCAUGUCUAAUGAGACUAUCGGCACGCUGGCCUUCCUCACCUCAGAGAUCAAGGGAAUAUUUGUUCACCCUUUUCUGGCUGAGAGGAUCAUCUCCAUGCUGAACUACUUCCUGCAGCAUCUGGUUGGACCCAAGAUGGGUGCCCUUAAAGUGAAGGACUUCAGCGAGUUUGACUUCAAGCCGCAGCAGCUUGUCUCUGACAUCUGCACCAUCUACCUGAACCUAGGAGAUGAGGAGAAUUUCUGUGCUACUGUCCCAAAGGAUGGACGGUCGUACUCCCCUACCCUCUUUGCCCAAACCGUGAGGGUACUGAAGAAGAUCAACAAACCUGGGGACAUGAUAGUAGCUUUUGGACUGCUUGCUGAUAAAAUAAAGUCACAUGCAGAUCGACAGCAACAGGAGGAGGAAACUUAUGCAGAAGCCCCGGAAGAGUUCUUAGAUCCAAUUAUGUCCACCCUGAUGUUGGAUCCCGUUCUCCUUCCUUCUUCCAAUGUCACGGUCGACCGCUCCACAAUAGCAAGGCAUCUCCUCAGUGACCAGACAGACCCGUUCAACCGCAGCCCUCUCACCAUGGACCAGAUCAGGCCAAACGAGGAGCUCAGACAACAAAUCUUAGAAUGGCUGGAUAAGCAUAAGCAGGAGAAGCUGCAGCUGGGACCAAGUGACCAGGCUUGAUCCACACUGUGCCUAACAACGACUUCAUCCUUGUUUGCUUCCCUCUUCCACAUCUAGAGUGCUCCUCUGCCUUUUUUGUGGCUAAUCUGUGGUGUGCUUGUCACCGCAGACUCCUGCAGUCUUUCGUCGAACACUGCAUUUAAAUUGUAUUUAAUACAGCUGUCAUGCAACAGACUGUGACCUCACAGCUAAUUAAAUAGCUGUUUCAAAAUGCCCAAUGGUAAACUCGAUGGGAGUGAUGAUGAUGAUUUUGAGCAGGGAAAAGGCAACUACACUGAGAAAGUAGAUUUCCUCCUGCUUUUUUUUUUUUCUUGGGAUAUUUAGCAAACUUUAAUGUUUGUGAUUGUCAAACCCAUUUUGAUACGCUAGGCCCGAACAUACACAAAGAUGCAGCAGACUGAAUUGGACAAUUGUGAGCAAAUUCCAGUUGGUGACACACACUUGCAUAUCUGGGUAUUGAUUCUCACACACGUACUACCAGGCAGCAUCAAAAACGCUGUGAUCAUUGCUGUUCCGAUCAGGGAACAUUUUGAGGUGUCACAUACUGUUGAAGCCAGACGAUUUUACACUCGCCAAAAACACAUUUCAUUUUUUUGUCUCACUGUCUGAAGUCAAAUCAUACUAAACCUGUUUCGGGUCAGUCAGGAUCACCAAAAUGAUAUUUUGUUAAAUGGCACAAUAAUGAGAGACAAUUUCUUGGAGAAUAUAUAUAAAAUAUCGGCAGCACAGUGGCGCAUGUGUAGGGUGUUGGCCUCACAGUUCUGAGGACCAGGGUUAAAAUCGUAGCACUUCACCCCCCCUGUGUGGAGUUUGCAUGUUCUCCCUCCGCCUAUAUGAGUUUUAUACAGGCACUCCUAUUUCCUCCCACAUCCCAAAAACAUGCAACAGUAAUUGGAUACUCUAAAUUGCCCCUAGGUGUGAUUGUGAGUGUAACUUGUCUGUCUCCAUGUACCCUGGGAUUGGUUGACAACCAAUUCAAGGUUCACCCCACCUCUUUCCUGAUGACAGAUGGGAUAAGCUUCAGCACUCCCGCGGCUCUUGUCUGGAUAAGCAUCUUGGAAGAUGAAUGGAUAUAUAUUGGCCUUGAAAAAGUAUUCACCCUAUCCAGAUUUUUUUAUUUUGUGGGGGGGGAUAUCACACACAAAAGUUUCAAAUCAUCAAACCAAUUUUCAUGUCACUCAGAGACAACACAAGGAAAUAGAGAAUUCACUCUUCAAAUGACAAUUCAGUUUAUCAAUGCACAAACAAAUCCAAACCUUUCUGACCCUAUGUGAACUUAAUAAAGCCCGCUGAACCUAAUAAAGGGUUGUGCCACCUUUGACAGCAGUAGCUGAAAUCAAACGUUUGUGACAGUUGGUGAUGAGUCUUCACAUCGCUCUGGAAGAAUUUUGUCCCACUCUUCUUUGCAGAAUUGUUUCAACUCUGCCAUAUUGGAAGGUUUUCUAGCAUGAACUGCCCGUAUAAGGUCACACCACAGCUUCUCAAUUGGAUGUUAAUCCAGAGUUUGACUUGGCCACUCCAAAGGCUUAAUUGCUUUUUUUUUUUUGGAACCAUUCAGAGUUGGUUUUGCUAGUGUCUUUCGGAUCGUUGUCCUGCUCCCUGAUCCACGAGCGUUGAGUUUGAGGGCACAAAAAGAUUGGCAGAUGGUCUCCUUCGGGAUUUUCUGGUACACAUCAGAAAUGAUUUUUCCAUCAAUCACAGCAAGUUGUCCUGGUCUUGAGGCGACAAAGCAGCCCCAGAACAUCACACUGGCACCACCAUGCUUCAGUUGGCGUAAUAUUCUUUUCAAUAAAUGCUUUGCCAUUUUUAGGCUAGAUGUAACGGGCUGCACACCUUCCAGAAAGUUGAAUUUUUGACUCGUCAGUCCACAGAAUGUUUCUCCAAAAGUCUUGAGGAUCAUCAAGAUGUUUUUUGGGAAACGUGAGCCAAGCCUUUGUAUUCUUUGCUGACAGCGGAGGUUUUCGCCUGGGAACUCUCCCACGGAUGCCAUUUUUGGCCAGCGUCUUUCUUACGGUAGAGUCAUGAACACUGACCUUAUUAGACCUUUCCGACUGGCAAUCUUCAGCUGCGCUGCCCUUAGCAACAGUUGCCAACCGCCACAAUCUUCCAAAAUGCCGACUGAACAGAACAGGUUUGAAGUGGAUUCUCUUUCAAGUAUUCCCGGUAACAUUGCCGUAUGUUUUUUGCCAAAUGUGCCAGACUUGUCCAAGAGGGUUCUGUGGAGAGGUCAUAACUAUUUUACACAAGGAUAUGUACAAGGAAUUAAGAUUUUGGACGGAACAGGAUGCAAUGUCAGAGUUACAGCGAAACAUUGGCGAUUGAUGCAAAAAUGUUUGACGCCUAACAAACUUCAUAUUGAAAUCAAACAGGAUAAAAUAGUGGAAUCGUACUGCGCAUGUAAAGCAGGGUGAGUACUUUUUACUUGGAAAGAUCACGAGUAAUAUUGUAGUCUUUAUAUGUGAGUGGGUGUAUUCAUUUGACUUGGCCCAUAAUGGAACCCAGUGCUCUUUCUUAAAAAUCUGAUGUGAUACAAAUAGGCAACUAGAUAUUUCUCCUCCAUGACAUGGUGCAUUUACAUAUCCCUAACCUGACUCUUCAGCAUAAAACAUUACACACUUCAUUCAGCAGGUCAGUGAUACUCUAACAGUGAAAGUUGUUCUCCUGCAAUGAAUAAAGCACUGAUAAUAAUUAAGUCAAUCUCAGAGAAGUUACUUCUCUCUUACUUACCUUUGAACAUGCAAUCUUAUAUUUGUUGAUAUUGUCCACACAUACGUGCGUGUGCUCUUCCGGGAGCCUUAAUCCAUCGUAGACACUUCGUCAACUGUGUUUUUGGCUUUGGAAAAUGAAUCAACCGGGCCCCUUGUAACCUAACAGGAUAUCUUUGAUCAGAAUUGCACGUUCUCCAAGCACAUCUGAGGACCAUUUUCUUUGUAACAACUUUUCCAAGCGCAGGCUACUGACAACUAGCAAUGCUUGUGGGACAAUACGGCGAGAUGGGCGUGUCAAGACACGGGUUAAGACAAUGUUUGGCUAUUAUUGUACAAGUGAUUGACAGGUCAGAUAGGUCCAUUGAGGCCAGCGUGGCCUGCAGGUCUUUCGAUGUGUUUCGAGGUUCUUUUGUGACCACCAGAAUGAGUCGUUGACACACUCUUGGAGUAAUUUCAUUUAGUUAUCCACUCCUGGGAAGGUUUGCCACUGUUCCCAGGUUUUUCCAUUUGUGGAUAAUGGCUCAAAGCCUUGGAAAUGGCUUCGUAACCUUUUCCAAAUAGAUGGAUUUCAAUCACUUUUUUUUCCUCAUUUCUUCUCUAAUUUCUUUGGCUUGUUGCACGAUGCAUUGGUUCUUGAGAUCUUGUAGGCUACUUCACAUUCUUUGAAAGCUUCUAUUUAACUGAUGUCUUGAUUCAACAAGUAUGGUCAUAUAAGAAGGGGGCAAUUGCUUUUUUUCACGGAGGAUCAGAAAUUUUUGGAUUUUUUUUUUUUUUUUGGGUGCCUUAAUAAAUUAAUAUAUUCUCAUUUGAAAACUGCAUUUUGUUUUUCCUUGAGUUGUCUCUGAGUUAUACCAAUAUCGGUUUGAUGAUUUGAAACCUUUGUGUGUGUUAUAUGAAAAAAAAAAAAAUUCAGGAGGGGGGGGGGGACGAAUACUUUUU